GUCAGUGAAAAUGUUGGAGUACUCGCUGUCGGUCUACCAAUUAGAUUUAGCUCCAAAAUGAACGUUUUAACCCGAUUAAAGUAUAACAAAAUUUCGUUUUAUGUUAAAAAGGUUAGCUUUGCUUCUUCAGCGAAUUUAAUGUUUGUGAAUCAAGGACGAAGCCGGAAUGUUUUGGUUGGUCUUAAUUUUUUGUACCGUCACGGCAGUAAAAUGGAAUUCUCCGGUCCCAUACGAUCCAGUGUGGCUAGCGAGCGUGCAAACAUACACGCCGGUACCCCCUGUCAAUGAGACGCGGUUGUGGGCGUGGGUUAAGGAAGAAGACAUACAAUUCAAACUCUUCACAAGACGGAAUCCCUAUGAAUAUCAACUUCUCAAAACUAACGAGUCAACCACUCUCAGGGAAUCUAACUUCAACUUUGAUAACAAGGUGAAAGUUCUGGCGCACGGCUGGCUCAAUCACGGCGACAGUCCUAUGCCGGAAUCCAUUAAAGAAGCAUAUCUUAACGUAAGCGACAUUAAUAUUAUAGUUGUGGAUUGGGGAACGGCGGCAAACGUAAAUUAUAUUUUAGCAAGUUACAAUGUGGCAAUGGUCGGUCGUCUCCUUACAGACUUCAUCAACUUUUUGAUUAAAGAAGGGGUUUCAGCUGAUGAUUUACAUCUCAUUGGGCAUAGUCUGGGUGCACAUGUUGUAGGUAUUGCGGGAGCUUAUGUGCGCGGAGGUCCUAUUGAUACAAUUACUGGACUUGAUCCAGCAUUACCUUUAUUUACUCUGGGUAAUAAGGAUGCUCGCUUGGACAAACACGACGCAAGACAUGUGGAAGUCAUUCACACGUGCGGAGGCUAUCUCGGAUUUGCUUCCCCCCUCGGUCACAUUGACUUUUACCCUAACGGUGGCACCCGACAACCUGGGUGUGGUAUUGAUUAUAGAGGUUUGUGUGCACACAACAGAGCUCAUAUGUUCUUCUCGGAGUCCAUAAUAUCAGAUGUCCCCUUCACCGCUGUCCGCUGCACUGAUUAUGACGAGCUGUACUACAAGGGUUCCUGCAAAGGCACCGGUGAAAAGCUCAUCAUGGGUGGUUUCGAUAUCCACUAUGGGAAGGACGGAAUUUACUACCUCAGGACCAGGGCAGAGAAACCCUACGCCUUAGGGGACGUCGCCCCGUGAUAGGGCGUGUUCACACGGACUUGACAGGUCAAUGCUAGGAAUUAGGAUUCAAUUGUUUCAGUGUUAAUCUAUUCAUGACAUUGUUAAUAAUGUUUAUGUUAAUUUUUUUAAAUUUAAUUUAAUAUUCAUAAGUAAUAUUAACGUAUACUAAUAUAUUAAGUUCCUCAGUGUGAGUACGGUUUGGAAUAUUUAUUUAUAAAAUCAAAAAUGUGUAAAAUAUUAAAAAAUGUUCAUACACAAAGUCGUGUAAAGAUCUCCUUAUCCUGACUUAUUAAUUCCUAUUGCCACCUUCGCCGAUAAAUAUUUUUUAACAACGUAAUAAAAAUUCAGACACAACGAAUGAGGAGGCCACGACUUAAUUAUUAAUGCUACCCAUUCAAUCAUCUACCUACCAUAGACAAUAAUUUAUUUAUUAAAAUGUAAUGUAUCAGUGAAACUAACAUUAUAAAAAUGUAAUUUAAGUAAUUUUUUGUAAUAUAUAGAUAAUAAAUUAAA